AUGCAUUUUCUGCUCUAUCUCGUCGUCUGGCUCCAACUUUCCGCGUCUCUCAGUGCCACGUCACAACCGGUGGGUACAGUAAUCCUACCGUAACCCUUUGUAGCGUUUUUUAGGCCCGGACUCCCAUGAGAAACCUCUACGAGCACCUUUUUUCGGACUAUGUCAAGGAGAUCCGUCCGGUGCGCAAUGAGACGGACACUUUGAAAGUGGAGAUCAAAUUUUGGCUGAAACAGAUUCUGAAAGUCGACGAAAGGGAUCAAAUCGUCAAUAUUUAUUGCUGGCUGGAAUUGGUAAGCGUUGCGUACUUCUUUUCUGAAUUCUCUCUGAAAAUCUUGUUAUUUAGUACUGGCUAGACGAAACAUUGACGUGGGAUCCGAAAAAGUUUGGCAACCUGACUAGAAUCCACGUGCCGGCGCACAAAAUAUGGAAGCCCGACGUGCUGGUGUACAACAAGUGAGUGAAGCGAAAAAGCAAAAAAGCGCUGCCUGCUGCUGGAAUCGAACCAGCGUCGCCACGGCCACAACGUGGAGUACUAACCACUAUACUAAGCAGGCCGAAAGUGCCGGUCUUCGUUUUCGCUUAUGUACCCGCUGUGUGCGCGCGAGGCGAGGCGGCCGACGAGCGGGGAGCGCUGUGGUUUCCUGUGGAAAUUUUUAGAGAAAAAUGGAGAAAUUUGUGUUUCCACAGCAAUAUUUGCUUUUCCGAGUGUAAAACGUGAAAUAACAUACAUUUUGGCGUGAAUACACUCAGAAAUGUCUCGUUUCCAGCGCGAACAUGAAUGUGGAGGAGAACGAGAUGGAGACGAAUGCGAUUGUGGACAACACGGGACGAGUGAUGCUCUUCCGCUCGAUGAUCACCGAUAUCAGUUGCAAUUUGAACUUGCAACAGUUUCCGUUUGACCAACAGGUAUUGUAAUUUUGACAAAAUUAAACACAAACUUGUUUUUUCGAAGCCAUGAGAGUCAUUUGAAUGUAUAUUUCUGGCUGAGACUUUCAUUGAAGAUGCAUAGUUAACCAAGUCCUUAACAGACCCCAACUUCAUCUAGGAUGACCUUAAUUUCGUCUAACACAGUCCUAGAAAACGUUCUCAGAUCUGCUUCGUAACUUUCGCCUCUUGGAGCAUGGACGGCAGCAAGUUGGACCUCUCGGCCACUCCGAAAACCGACAACCUGGAGCUGUACAUCCGAAAUACCGAGUGGUCGCUCACCGAUUUCAGGUAUCCCUUUUCCGUUGUUUCGUUCUCAGUUUGUACAAUUUGUUCAGAGUGAAAAUCUAUCAAAAAAUCUACGACUGCUGCCCGCAUCCGUUUCCCGACGUCACCUACUUUAUGGUCUUGCGACGAUCACCGAGCUACUAUAUUUUCAGGCAAGACAAACCAUUCAUUAACGGGCGAAAAAUGUAG